AUUUCUUCGCUUCGCUCUUCUCGACUCACAAACCCUUUUCUUCUAAUUACGCAACAGCUACAAACAAACCCUUUUUUGUAAAAGAUCUCUCCUUUUGGUCAGGAAAUGGCAGAACAAGAAUACACAGUAGCAUCAGACAGUGAAAACACUGCAGAGGAGAAAUCAUCAUCAUCUCCUUCAUUACCCGAAAUCGCCGUUGGUAUCGACAUUGGUACUUCCCAAUGCAGUAUAGCUGUUUGGAACGGCUCUCAAGUUCACAUCUUGAGGAACACAAGAAACCAGAAACUCAUCAAAUCAUUUGUAACAUUCAAAGACGAAGUUCCUGCUGGUGGAGUUAGCAACCAGCUCGCGCACGAGCAGGAAAUGCUGACUGGAGCCGCUAUCUUUAACAUGAAGCGGCUCAUCGGUCGUGUAGACACUGAUCCUGUGGUUCACGCUAGCAAGAACCUUCCUUUCUUGGUUCAAACUCUUGACAUUGGAGUCAGACCGUUUAUCGCGGCUUUGGUGAACAAUGCUUGGAGAUCUACAACUCCAGAGGAAGUUUUAGCGAUAUUCCUUGUGGAGUUACGUCUAAUGGCUGAAGCUCAGUUGAAACGGCCUGUGAGAAAUGUUGUGCUUACGGUUCCGGUUUCGUUCUCUAGGUUCCAGCUCACACGGAUUGAACGAGCUUGUGCUAUGGCUGGACUUCAUGUUCUUCGUUUGAUGCCGGAACCAACUGCAAUCGCGUUGCUUUAUGCGCAACAGCAGCAGAUGACUACGCACGAUAACAUGGGAAGUGGAAGUGAGAGGCUUGCGGUUAUAUUCAAUAUGGGUGCUGGUUACUGCGAUGUUGCGGUUACUGCAACUGCUGGUGGUGUUUCACAGAUAAAAGCUUUAGCUGGAAGCCCCAUUGGAGGAGAAGACAUUUUGCAGAACACAAUGCGCCAUAUCGCGCCACCAAAUGAAGAAGCUUCGGGAUUGGAGUUUGAGGAAGUGAACCGGAAGGUAUUUGAGGAAUGUGAGAGACUUGUUGUGCAGUGUUUGCGAGAUGCGAGAGUUGAGGUUGGUGAUAUCGAUGAUGUGAUAAUGGUUGGAGGGUGUUCUUACAUACCGAAAGUAAGAACUAUUAUCAAGAACGUGUGCAAGAAAGACGAGAUUUACAAAGGCGUGAAUCCGUUAGAAGCUGCGGUUAGGGGAGCUGCCUUGGAAGGUGCGGUGACUUCAGGGAUUCACGAUCCGUUUGGGAGCUUAGAUCUCUUAACCAUACAAGCCACACCUCUUGCAGUUGGAGUAAGAGCUAACGGAAACAAAUUCAUACCCGUGAUUCCGCGUAACACGAUGGUUCCAGCGCGGAAAGACCUCUUCUUCACAACGGUUCAAGACAACCAGAAGGAAGCUCUGAUCAUUAUAUACGAAGGAGAAGGAGAGACCGUUGAAGAGAAUCAUCUUCUUGGGUAUUUCAAGAUCGUUGGGAUUCCGCCGGCACCAAAAGGUGUUCCAGAGAUCAAUGUUUGUAUGGACAUUGAUGCUUCGAAUGCUUUACGGGUUUUCGCAGCUGUGUUGAUGCCGGGAUCUUCAACUCCGGUGGUUCCUGUGAUUGAGGUGAGGAUGCCUACGGUUGAUGAUGGACAUGGUUGGUGUGCUCAAGCUUUGAAUGUGAAAUAUGGAGCUACUCUUGAUUUGAUUACUCUUCAGCGGAAGAUGUAAGAUUAAAAUAAAAUGGUGUUAGUGAAAGGAUUUUAGAUUAUGAUGUAAGAUAUGAGAAUGUUUCAUAUAGAGAAGAGUUUGUAAAGUUUGUGUGUUUUGGGUUUGUUGUUGAAGUGGUAAACAAUGUUUAUCUGUGUAAUGAAGUAAUAAUGCUAUG